GGAGUGGGCGAAUGCUUCGCGUGCUGCACUUCCCCUCUCAUCGAGUCCUCUCGUACCGUGCCACAAACGCAAGCCCUCUAACGCUCCGGUCUCCCUUCCGUCAGAUAUUCGCAAGCACUGGCAUGAGCGAAGCCGAAGCAACCGGCGCCGGCUUGAAGAGGUCCGUGGACGAAGACCCGAGCUCGUCCAAGCGCGUUAGGAUCGAGUCCGAAAAUGCCACGCCCGAGGACACACCUGUGCCUGAUGCGAAGGACGUAGAGCCCGAAGCCAAAGAAGGGGUAGAACCAGAUGGGGGGAACGAAAAAGGAAAGAAAGGCGGGAAGGCGAAGGGUAAGCAGGGGAAGGAUAAGAAGGCGAAACCCAAGGGCAAGGGCAGGCGGCGGGGCACCCGCCAGGAUGGCUCGGGGGACGAGGGCGAGUCGGGACCAAAGACGCCGCGCCUCCCGAAGAGACAGUGUGCCCUCCUCAUAGGGUUCUGCGGCACCGGGUGUAAUGGGAUGCAGAUCCAACCGAACGUCCGGACGAUCGAGGGCGUGCUCUUCGACGCGCUCGUCAAAGCAGGCGCGGUGUCGCAGGACAACGCCGACGACCCAGUCAAGGUGAAUCUCGGCCGCGCAGCGCGUACCGACGCGGGUGUACACGCCGCUGGGAACGUCGUGUCUAUGAAGCUGAUUACGGAGGUGCCCGGCGUGAGCGACCUGAAGGGGCGCAUUAACGAGCUUCUUCCUCCAGAGAUCCGUUUGUGGAGUAUUCUGAGAGUGCAAAACUCGUUUAGUGCUCGGACGUUCUGUGACAGCCGCAAAUACACAUACACCUUCCCCUCCUACGUCCUCCUCCCCCCAAAGCCCGGCAGCGGGCUACACAAAACCUUCAACCUCAACCCCUCUGGCGAGUCCGCGGAGCCCGCCGUGCACCCAUUGUGGUCGUCCUCCCUGCAGGAGCCGACGAGCAGGGAGGAGGAUCUGGAGUGGAAGCGGCGGUGGCGCGUGGACCCUGAGCGGCUACAGGUUCUACGAGAUAUUGCGCAGAGGUUCGAGGGGUCGCAUAAUUUCCAUAAUUUUACGGUGGGGAGGGAUUUUAGCGAUAGGAGUACGCAGAGGUUUAUGAAGAAGGUCGAGAUCCCGGAUCCUGUGGUACAUGGGAACACGGAAUGGAUAAGCGUGCUAUGGCACGGGCAAAGCUUCAUGCUACACCAAGUACGCAAAAUGAUGUCCGUCAUGGUCCUCGCAUGCCGCACCGGCACUCCUCCCCAGAUCAUCGACGAACUCUACGGCCCGCGCACGGUCUUCGUCCCCAAAAUGCCCUCGCUGGGGCUACUCCUCGAGUACCCGAUCUUCGACGGCUACAACCGCCGCGUCGCGCCCGUCAACCAGGGGCACCAGCCCGGCGACGCGGAGUACCGCCCGCCGAUCGACUUCGAGGUGCACAGGGCGGAGAUUGACGCGUUCAAGCAGGAGUUUAUAUAUAAGGGGAUUCGGGAGAUCGAGGGGAGCGAUGGCGUCUUCGACGCGUGGGUGCGCCAUAUAGACUCGUACGCCGGCGGCGACCUGGGGUAUUUCAACCCCAAGGGCGUCAUUCCCUCCACAGCCGUCCUGAAGAAGGGCGAGCGGCGAGAAAAUCCGUUCAGGGAGAAGAAGCGGUUCGACGCGACGGGGAAGGCGGACAAGUUGAUUAAGGAGGAGGAAGAGGAGGAGGCGUCUGAGGAGGAGACGCUGGACAAGGCGAAGCUGGCUGAUAUGGAGGGGUGAAUAGACGGGGAGGUGACAUUAGGAAGGUAUUUAAUGUAUUUCAAGAAGUAAAAUGGAAUCACCCCUCUUUCCGGUAACUUGUGUCUUUAUGUGCGGCUGGUCUACUAGGAGUACCUUUGCGACGCUCAUA